AUGUCUGAAAAGCAAAUUCCAUCUAAAAAUGCAAGCUAAAUUGACAAUAAUAGCAAACCUAAAGAAUCAUAGAAUCAAUCAUAAUAAGAUGUGCAUUCAAACACCUAGCUGAAUAAAAAUGAUAAUUCUUAAAUUCAUCAGUAAAAUGAUGAGAAAUUGGAGAAGCAAUAAUCUCAGGGGAAUAUUUCAUAAGAAAAUUUAGAUAAUUAAAACCAUGAAAAGCAAUAGAGUCAUCAUGAUAGUUAGAUAAGUGGACACGCUAAUUAAAAUGAAGAUGGACAUUUGGGAGAUGAUAUUCAUGAUCAUAAAAAUGAAAACGAAAGAGAAAGUGAUCAUCAUCAUUCCAGAGACAAUUAAAAUGAUUUCAAUUAAGAUGAAGGUAGUUAAAAGAAAACUCACGGGAAUUCAGCCAGUAAAUAUGGGAGUGUCGAAUAAAAGAAUAGCACUAUCACCAAUUAUUACUAAGUUAGAAAAGAAAGAAAAUAAGCAGAAGUUAAUACUUAAUCAUUAGCAAAUAGAAUCUCCUUGCUAAAAUAAGAAGAGGUCAGAACUUUAAAAAAAAUAGAAGAAACCCGUAAAAAGGCAAUGGAAAUCUACUAUUUAAAGCUGAAAAAUUAAAAGAAGCAAUAGACUAAAGUAGAAUUACAACAAAAAGAGCUAGCUAGAAAGAAAGAGAGAGUUUCAUAGUUAAGAGCCUCAAGUAUGGAAUCUAAAAAAACAAAUAAGGAAAUGUACGAGUCAUAAAAACUAUCAAAUGCAACAAAAAUGAAAGAAUUGAAGCUACAAAAUGAAAAGAAAAUUAAAGAAAAAAAAGAUGUUGUUAUGAAUAAAGCCAAGGAGAAAUAUGAAAAUAUAAAGCAACAAAGAGAAAAUAGAUAGUAAAAAAUAAAAGAAUUUUAGGAUUACAAGAAGGACCAUAUUAAAAAAGAAAUUGAAGUUAAGACUACACAGGAAGAUAAAAUUAAAGAGUAAAAAAUAAGAGAAAUGAAGAGAAUGGAAAUGCUUGAAAUGGAUAUAAUUUAAAGGCUCUAAUCUACCUAGAUGAUGUAAAAACAUGCUUAUGAAGAACUUGAGAGUGCAUUGCUUUUAUCAACUGAAGAGUUUUAUGAAAAAUAUCUUAAAAGAGAAAUCAACAAAUAAGAAGGGUCAUAGUUUGACUAAACUGAAGAAAAGUAAUAACAUUAAGAUAACUAACAUAAAGAAGGAGAAGAAAACAACGAUGAUAGAUCUUCCAGUUCUCAAAUACAAAAAUCCACUAGCUAGCCUAAUAUUUCUUAAGAAAAAGAGCACUAAAAAGAAGAAAAUAAUGAAAAAUAAGGCAGUGAGCAAGAAAAAUCGAUACAUUCAAAUUAAAAUACCUCUCAAUAAAAUAUUCCUCAAUAAUAAUGA